UUUCCAAUAACAAAAUACGUAGUACGGAGUACUUUUUUUUAUGCUAGUUGAGGCUACCGUCUUACAUAUCGGCUUCCGGCUUGAGAGCUUCUCCGAGCAUCGUUCAGGUCAUCGUUCAGAUGAAUGGAGGAGUUUGAUAUGGAUAGUCUCAUAUCAAUGGGGGCGGAGUUGGCGGAGCUGGAGCGCGCUCAGAUCGAAAUCCUCCAACAUAUAACUGACCUCGAAGACUUCAUUCUAGGCGUCGAAAUCUCUCGAAACCUCUCCAUCUCUUCUAACGAUGAUUCCGCCGCCGUCGGAACCACCACUGAAGACCGACUCUCUGCUCUACUCCGCGAGAACGGCGUUAACAACUUCGCCUUCAGGCGCGUCUCCUCUGACUACUACCAGUGGUCUCUCGAGGCUCGCAGGGACGUCCUGGGAGCCGCUUCCGUCAAUCACCUCUGCAAAAGCAUCGUUCUGGUAAAUACUCAAGCACCAAGUAAUGUAACUGAUUGUAAGGAUCGUUAUAAUUCAAAAUACUAUGUGGUCAUUCUGCAGUAUACUGCUCGGUUUAACGCUGAGGCAGUCAAGAAUUUUCUGUACACCCUGAACAAUGGUAACAUAGCAAAAAAGAAGUUCAACAUGAGGCUUGCCCCUGAGGAGAUCUCAAGAAAUUUGACGGGCUAUGAACACAAUGGCGUGACAUGCAUUGGCAUGAAAACAGACAUUCCUGAAGUAAUGCUUUUUUUCCUUACAAGAAAUGAGACAAUCAUUUCGGGACGUCCAAACAAGGUGAUCUUGGAUGAAGCCAUUACAAAACUCCAACCUGAAUUCUUUUGGUUAGGGGGUGGGAAAGUUGAUCUUAAACUGGGGAUCAACACCCAUGAGUUCAUCCACUAUGUCAAACCUUUCAUUGUUAGCUGUAGCAGUAGUAGUUGAUCUCCUAAAACAUUCUUUUUAGCACAUUCAUAGAAGCAAAAAGUAAUUAAUAUCAGUUUUUUAUUUUAAAUUAGUAAGUAUUUUGUUUUUUAAUAAAGAUUUUUAGACCUGCACAAACAUAGAUUUGGGCUGUUUUUGUACAAAUAUUUGGGCAGAACGGCCGGCAACUUUUCAUGAAUGUCACUACAUUACUGUUAUAGA